AUGCAAUUGGGUGCUGUUUAUAUACCCCCUGGUAAACCUAUCCCACAAGAUAUUUUCGAUACAUAUGUUGAUAAAUCGUUUUAUAUAUUUGGAGACUAUAACGCAAAACAUACCGAUUGGCUUUGUACUAAUAAUAACGCUAGUGGAGUACAACUUAGAAAUUGGCUUGACAAUACAGGAUGUGAGAUGAUUUACCCAAAUCAACCAACAUCAAAAAGAUCAACUGCGGUAAUUGACUUUGGAAUUACCCACAAUGCGGAUGGCUGGAAGGCUGAAGAAAAAAUAGAAAAAAGAAACUCUUUCAUAUCACAAGGAAAUAACAUAUGGAAAUACGUGCAUUCAACAUUCCAUCCAUAUGCACCUUCAUUUAAAGGGCUUACCACAAACAAUGGUAUAAUAAAAGACCAUCAAAUAAUAGCGGACACACUUGCUAAUUAUUAUGAAAAACAUUUCGAAACACCUAUCAUUGAUCCUAAUAAUAUAAGUCAUAUAGAUGCAAUGAAAGAAUAUGAUGUUUUUACCAAACAACCUAAUAUACCACUAGAAAAAAUCACAUUGAUAGAAGUAGAAAAAAAUUGGAAGCGUGCGCAAAAAAAGAAAUCAACAGAUACAGAAGGUUUAUCAGCUUUCUUACUACAUCAAAUACCACUAGAAUAUUUACAAAUAAUUACAGUUGCUUUUAACAAAAUUGCCGAGACGGGAGAAGUACUUCGUAGUAGCAAACACGCGAAAACAAUAUGUCUCUCAAAAGAUGGAAUGUAUCCAGAAGUUAACAAGCUCAGACCUAUCUCACUCCUCUCGAAUUUCGGUAAAUGCUUUGAAAGAAUAAUUCAUGGUCGUAUACUUAAAUGGUGUAGAGAAAAUGACAUCUUUAUAGACGAACAAUCCGGAUUUACUGCCGAAAGACGUUUACAAACCCGCAUUCUAUCACUAGUAGAAGAUCUUAGAUUAGCAACUGCAGCAAACAACAGACCAUCCUUAGUAAUUUUUGUAGAUUUUAUGUCAGCUUUCGAUAGAAUGUGGCACCCUGCUCUCCUCAAAACACUUCUUAAGCUCGAAUUUCCACCACCACUACUAAGAUGGAUUUUUUCAUGGCUAAACGGCAGAACAAUGUCGAUUCAUGUCGGAAAUGCAGUUUCACGUGUUAUUAAAUUAUUUGUUGGCACUCCACAAGGCUCUGUUUUGGCAGCUACUCUUUUUCGCUUGCACGUCCAUUUUCUUCCCUCAUAUUUCAUGAACUUAGUGUGUCAUCUAUUUGCCGAUGACCUUGCCAUCAUUAUCUCUGGUGCGCUCGAGAAUACAUUCUCCAAAAAUAUUACUGAACUUGAAAGACAGGCUGAGAUUGCAAUGAGAAUUCUAGCAAAAUACGCCGAUGAUAACUUACUUCCUGUCAAUAUAAACAAAACAAAAGCACUGCUAGUACACGAUGUUGUAGCACCACCAUAUCCUAAAAUAAAAUAUAAAGAGUUACCCAUCGAAUUCGUAAAACGAUUUAAAUAUUUAGGAGUCGACAUAACAACAAAACUAGGAUGGGGUAUCUAUAUAGUAAAACGUCUUCAAAUAAUUAGAAAAAUAUAUCAUGCCCUACGUAUUAUAUUCAAUAAAAUACCUCUAUCUCUAAUACAUCUACGAAGAAAAUUAUUUUUUGCUUAUGCGCUUCCGCAUAUAAUUUGGUUAUUCUCGUGCUGGUUUUUCUACACCGAAAACCAACAAACACUAAUAGAACAUGUUUACUGUACAGGACUACGUAUAACACAUAAUUUGAAGCGUUGGGACGACAUAACAGUAUACACCUUAACUAAAGAGUACACGAUAAACGACUAUCUAUAUAGAUAUUGGUUAAAGUUUAACAAACACCUUGUGACAUCAGCAGAAGCACACCAAUAUCAACUUACUUUUACUGCAUAUCUAGCAUCUAAAACCCCACAAAGAUGUUGGUAUCUGUCCAUGGGUAUGCGAAAAAACAGCAAACUUUUGAAUAGAUUAUCUGAAAGGGCUCAACAUUCGAAAAUAGAUAUGAUUAACUUUUUAUCAAUUCACGCUCAGCAAUAUGGGUACUUCAAACAUUCAUCUUUCCCUAUACAUACCUUUGUCUAUAAAUAUCUGAUGCAGGAAACAUGAGUUGCUACAUUGUAAAUUGAAAAUUAUAAAUAUAUAAAUAUAAACUGUAAAACUACAUGUGUUUUUUAUCUUUUUUCUUUUUUUACCCAACUGAACACAUAUAUGAUUCAUCUAGAGUAACACCAUUGUAUUGUUAUUUCGAAACGCACUUCUGUUUACUAUAUGUAUAACGUUUAAAAGAUGUCGCCAUAGUCUAUUGUCGUAAUGUUUAUAAGUGUUCACAUGUACUUCACUCGUAUAACUGAUGUUUUUAUUAAUUUUUUCUAUCUUCUGUUAAUUUAUCUUCAUCAUAUGUUUUUCUUAUCUUAUUGCUGUUACUCUUAUUGUUACUGUUAUUAUGACUUUCUUAAAGUUUCUUUUUUUUAAACAUCACUUUGUCAACCUUAUAUCAUAGGGACAAUAAAUUUACAUGUCAAAAAAAAAAGUGUUAGUUUCUUUGUUUUAUGUCUGUAAUGGAGAGGGGAGAUGGGGUACACGGUGCCGCACAAACCUAACAACUAAACUUACACUCACUAUACUCUCCGUAAAUAUAUGUGGAUUCCACAAAAUGUAAGAUAAACUAUUCAUUCUUUUAGGAUUCUAGGGAACCAUCAACACUAGAAAUGUCACCUUCAUCUAAUACUCUUGCAGAAUCACAACUGCAAAAAAGCAGUGAAGUCCUACUAAAUGGAAUAAUCAUCCAACUGGCACACGAAAACAACAAGUCAAACUUCACCAGAACCACGAAAGUUUAUUUCAAAACAACAAAAUCCAAAAAAGGAAGAAACCAAAAAAUUAAACCGGUGACCAAAAAAAAAACCAAAAAAAAAAGGUCAUCAGUUUCAUUUUAACAUUCAAAUUCCACACUGCGUUGCAAUACUGGUUUCCCACAUGAUCACCCCGUUGAACCACACAAUACCCACAUUAUUCUUCUCAAUCACACAAGCAUAUAUGCUUCGUACAUCACCUCUUUUGCUCACUUCGAAGCAAACGUUGCGACUCGGUCAGCUCAUCGAACAUCACAUGGCAAAGGAACAUUCCUGAACAGACUUCUGUUCACCUCUUUUGCUCACUUCGAAGCGAACGUUGC